CUCAUUUCCCUGAAUGGAUAUUCUUACAUUAUUUUACUUCAGAGGUUUCAACUCUAAUUUAUUUGCAUUGUCCAUAUUCUCUCUCUAUUUCUAUUUCUCUUUCUUUUCCUUUUCCUUCUUCUUUCUUCCCCUCUUCUUUGUCCUUUGCUUGCCCAUUGCGCUUUAUUCUUCUUCUUCCUUCAAUAGUCCUAUAACGAUCUACAAGCAAUAGUCCUCAUCAUCACUCCGUUCACUCAUUCGCGUGUUACCAACGCUUGAUCUAUUUUAGUUCGAUUUUCAUCCAAUUCGCAUUUAUCUCCCUUUCUCUUUGCUUUUCCCUCUUCUCCCUCCUCCAACCCUCUCCAUAUUUUUCCUUCACCAUGGGGAACUCCAACUCAACUUUGUCCUCCUCCAAAAAGCCCAAUCCGGGUUCUCUUGAUAUACCUUUUGGAUCAGACACAAAGAAGUCUCUUUUCCAACGAUCAAAGCCCUCCUUUCAGUUCCGCAAACGCUCCAAAUCCUCCCUUUCAUUCACAGACAGUGCUUCCAGCAACAGCAACACCAGUGGCAACACUAGUCAUUCCGUCAAAAAAAGCAAUCAAGUCGUUCCUAACCAUCAUUAUACUAUCGACACCUCAGAUGGCCACUCUGAUAAUUCGCUUCAGUCCGGCGGUUCCAAUAGCAUCAGUAACCAAAAGUCAAAAAUCUCUUCUCAGUUGAAGAAACAGUUCUCAUCCAAUGUUAUUGGCCAUCAUGGGGACAACUCUACCACGAACUCAAGUACCAGUUCAACUAUUGGUGGAGCCUUGCCAGAGUGGGCAUAUCAUAGCCGAAAAUGUGAUGAUGGCCGUACUCGACAUACUGUUGACACCGCACCCUAUAUGCUUCCAAACGAUUUGACAGAGUCAGAUCGCCUAGAUGCUCAACAUUACCUUGUUCGUUUCAUUCUCAAAGGAAACUAUAAUGUCAAGAUCGAUCCCGAUGCUCCUGUGAAGAUCUUGGACGUGGCAACAGGCACCGGAGUCUGGGCAUUAGAAAUGGCUCAUGAAUUCCCGAAGGCCGAGAUACAUGGUGUAGAUAUCUCGCCUAUCUUUCCAACGGAAAUCAAGCCCAGCAACUGUCAUUUCCAGCUCUGUAAUAUUUUGGAUGGUCUUCCAUUCCCCGACAAUUACUUUGAUUUCAUUUAUCAACGCCUACUCGUCUAUGCCUUGACGCCUGCUCAACGUAAACAAGUUAAUGCCGAGUUAUUGCGUGUAUUGAAACCAGAAGGACAUCUGCAGCUUGUGGAAUCAGAUGGUAUUGUCUAUAAUGCCGGACCAGAGAUGGAAAAGAUCAAUCAACUCUCGCUCGAGACUUCUCUCCGUCACGGUGUCGAUCCGCAUGAAGUUCAGAACAUGAAAGCGGGUCUGAAGCAAGGAGGAUAUACCAAUGUCAACUCAUUUAACAUCGCAUUGCCUGUUGGAGACUGGGGGGGAAAGGUUGGUGCCCUCAGUCGCGAGAACAUGCAUGGACUGGCGACCAUCUGGCUCAAGGGUGAAGUAGGCAAGAUGAACCAAGAGGCCUGUGAUGCCACUUUGGCUAUUGCAGAUAAAGAAUGUGAAGAAAAUCAAUCUUACUACAAGGUCUGGCUCGUCGUUGGCCAAAAGCCUAGUGUCGCAGCAACGCAGCUCAAGGAGGCAAAGAAAGCCGCCGCAGCCCUCGUGGCGGCACACGCAGCACACGCAGCCGCAGCCGCAACAGCAGCAUCACAGGGACCUCAACCCUCCUCUUCUUUGCCAAUAUCGCCAUCCUCACAGUCGGUUACUGGUGUUUAACGACAAGAAGAAGAAAAAAAAGAAAAAAA